AUGAAGUUCUUUGGAACCAUCGUCACUUCUCUUACAGCCUUUACAGGCUUUGUAGCAGCACAAGUCGGUCCAUUGGAUGACAAUGGUCGACCCACGAAUUAUACAGCAUACUACUUUGAUCAACUCAUCGACCACUUUCAAGACAGCCCUCGUUAUGCGCCUAACACGAAUGCUACUUUUACACAGAGGUACUAUUUCGACAACACUUACUACAAACCUGGCGGCCCGGUGUUUCUCUACAUUAGCGGUGAGACAUCAGGACCGUCACGGUUCUCCAACCUUCAGACCGGCAUCAUUCAAAUCCUCAUGAAUGCGACUGGUGGUCUAGGCGUUAUUCUGGAGAACAGAUACUAUGGCGAAAGCUAUCCGUUCGAGAAUAGCACCACCGACAACCUUCGAUUCUUGACAACGGAACAGACGAUAGCGGACAACGCCUACUUUGCUGAACAUGCCACUUUCCCCAAUGUUACUGGCGGUGACAAUCUUACCGCGCCAGGACAUCCUUGGAUCCUAUAUGGUGGUAGUCUAGCAGGUGCACAGACUGCUUUCUCGCUCGUCGAAUACUCAGGCCAUCUCUGGGGCGGCAUUGCUUCAUCAGGUGUUAUUCAUGCGGUCCUUGGCUACCCUGAAUGGUACAAUCCAAUACAAAAAAAUGGACCACAGGAUUGCAUCACGCGAAUCAACAAGAUCAUUGAUAAGAUGGAUUACCUCAUCCAGAAUAACGAGACAACAGCGAUUCAGCAGUUGAAGGACAUCUUCGGGCUCGGUGGCUUGGAGGACCUCAGAGAUUUCGCAAUGACGAUCGCUUUCCCGCUCGGUGGGCCAAUGAAUUACCCAACGAAUACCUGGCAGGAGCUGUCCUGGAACGAAGCCUCCGACGCUCCAGACUUCUUCGCAUUUUGCAACAAUAUCACAGAUAUGAAUGCACCAGCCAACAUCACCGCAGUUGAUAUGCAGCUGGCCAACUACACCAACGGAUCGGCAUGGACAGGCCUCGGAGCGUAUGCCAACUACGUAAAAGAAGUCAUUGUCUCGACCUGCCCCAGCGAAGACUUGAUCGGCACCACUUCUUGCUUCUCUACUCAAAACCAGACAUUCUACGCCAUAACGGACAACUCGGCUUCUCGUUCGUACCUGUACAGUACUUGCACGGAGCAGGGCGCCUAUCAGCUUCCACAGCCCUACGGAACUCCUUCGCUCCUGUCGCGGGUCAUCGGUCUAGACUAUACGCAACAAUGGUGCACCUGGGCUUUUCCUCCUGGCCCUCUCUCACCACAAGCGGUACCAGCUCCAGAUGGGCCAAAUCUGACAUGGUACAAUCAGUACGGUGACUUCAACAUUUCGGCGCCGCGACUGGCGUUGAUCGAUGGUGGAAGCGAUGUCUGGCGAGACGUUUGCUACCAUGGACACAAUGCCAGCGAGCGAUAUGGUGAGUAUCAAAUGCUAAUCACCGGUGGUGGUCAUCACUGGGACUCUACUGGAAUCCUCAACAUCAGCGCGGAGCCUGAUUUCAUCAAGGCGGCGCAUCAAUGGGAGAUUCGGCAGGUUCAGACAUGGAUGAACGAGUGGGAUGAGACGCACGGUAGCAGAAAGACUAAGAGGGAUGAGUUGUAG